AUGGCUGCUAUUGUCCCCCGGAAAAAGGUAGCCAUUGUCGGCUCUGGCUGCUCAGGCAUUGCCGCGCUGUGGGCGCUCAACCGCACCCAUCACGAUGUGUACGUCUAUGAGGCGGCCGACCGCCUCGGCGGCCACACAAACACGGUCGCCUGGCGCGUAGGCAAGUAUACCGCACAAGUCGACACCGGCUUCAGCGUCAUGAACACGACCGCCUACCCCAACUUCACGAAUUUCCUCCGCAAGAUUCGCGUAUCUACAGCACCGACAGAGGCGACCUUUAGCGUUUGUCGCGACCAAGGCGCUUUCGAAUGGGCUGGCGCCAGCCUCGACACUUUCUUCUGCCAGCGGCGAAAUCUCUUCUCUCCGAGCAUGUGGCGCAUGAUCUUCGACAUUGUGCGCUUCAACCAGUUCGCCCCUGAUCUCUUGGAAGAGGACACAGCCGGCUAUUAUACCGAUGCGCAGGAGACCAUCGGCCAAUACCUCCAGCGACAAGGCUACUCUGACGCAUUUCGCGACAACUACCUGAUUCCACUGACGGCCGCCCUGUGGAGCACAAACCCUGGCACGUGUGCACUGGAGUUUCCCAUCGUCACACUCGUUCGCUUCUUAUGGGACCGUCACCUCCUGUCCCUGCUUGCCCGCCGCCCCAAAUGCCAGACGAUUGAGACCGGGGCCACGUCCUAUAUCGACAUCGUCACCAGAGGCUUCCCUACCAACCAUCUGCUUCGCAACACCCCCGUGCGGUCCGUGACGAACGAGCCCGACGGCCGCGUUCGGGUCCACCUCGAUGGCGACCGGUCCGAGGUGUACGACCAUGUCAUCCUAGCCACUCAUGGCGACGAAGCUUACGCUAUCAUCAAGCCGUCCGCCACGCCCGAGGAGAAGGAAAUCCUUUCCUGCUUCCACACGUCAGAGAAUGUGGCUGUGCUGCACUCGGACACCUCGCUGCUUCCACGCUCGCGCAAGGCGUGGUCGAGCUGGAACUAUCUCUCCCUCUCGUCACACCUGCCCGACCACAAGCCUAUCGACCAGGUCUCUCUCACCUACAACAUGAACAUCAUACAGAGAAUUCCAACCGACAUCCUGGGUCACGUUCUUGUGACAUUGAACCCCCUCAAGGAGCCAAAUCCGGCGACCGUAAGGGGUCGCUUCAGAUAUUCCCAACCGUUAUACACAGCCGAGGCUGUCCAGGCACAGCAGCUCUUGCCGCUCAUCCAGAACAAGCGUGGCAUUAGUUAUGCCGGAGCAUGGACCAAGUAUGGCUUUCAUGAGGACGGCUUCACCAGCGGCCUUAUCGUGGCCACGCAACACCUUGGCGCCAAGCUGCCGUUCGAGUUGGUCGACUCUACUUCCAGCCAGCGGCCAGCGCGGCGAUUGGGUCUGAUUGGUUGGAUACUGCGCAUAGCAGUGUGGCUCAUUCAAGUUUUUAUCGUCGAGACAGUAGAGAGGCUGCUUAGCGUAUCUCGAGACGGACAGCCGGUGUUGGCAUACGGCGUCGGCAAACGACCUGGGACAGAAGCUCUGGUGAUCCGCCAGUUCGACGCACAUUCACACGUCGCAACAGCCAUGGCAUCUAUAAUACGGCCAUUGAUACGGCUGCCGCGCCAGAGCAUGUGGGGAGCCUGCUCAAAUUGCAGGGCCGGCCUGUCGCCCUCCGUGCCGAGACGGUUGCUGAACAACACCGCACGACGGUGGCAGCAGCGGCAGGAGGAGGCUUCCGCACCAAACAUGGACCGCAUGAAAACGAAUUACAAGAUCCGCAACCGUACCACAUUGUUCUACACGCUCAGUGUCAUUCUAGGCACAGUGGCGUUCUCAUACGGCUCAGUGCCAAUGUACAAGAUGAUUUGCCAGACCACCGGAUGGGGUGGCCAGCCGGUUCGGGCGCCCGGACAUGGAGGCGCUGGAGGCGACGGCGGCGAUCUAGCCAGCCGACUGCAGCCGGUGACGGACGCAAAGCGGCUCCGGGUGACGUUUCACGCAUCAGUGUCCGACGUGCUGCCAUGGAAAUUCGUACCGCAGCAGCGCGAGGUGCGGGUUCUACCGGGCGAGACUGCGCUAGCAUUCUACACAGCGACGAACAAGAGCGAUACGGACAUCAUCGGUGUGGCAACAUACAGCGUGACGCCAGCACAGGUUGCUCCGUACUUUAGCAAAAUUCAGUGCUUCUGCUUCGAGGAGCAACGACUGGCUGCAGGCGAGACCGUCGACAUGCCCGUCUUCUUCUACCUGGACCCGGAUAUGCUAAACGAUCUGAAUAUGAAGGGUGUCGAAACUGUGACGUUAUCAUACACAUUCUUUAAGGCCAAAUACGACGAUAACGGAAAAGUCACAAACAUUCCCCAGGCAGGACAGACUUAA